UAUUAGACGGCAAAUAAUUUGAGAAAUGGCAAUAUUAUAUUCAUAUGUGAAAAGUAAACGGACUUAUAUUCCAAGAGUUGUUGUGGCUUCUCAUUCAGAGAGCAUCUGUAUCUUCAUUCCAGCUUUCAUGGCGUCAACCAACACCAUUGAAAUACAGGAGGUUUCUCAGGUGACUCCUUUCUCAGACUCAACCACUCAGUUUUCCCUUCCUUUAACAAAAUACGAUACGUUUUGGUUCAAUUUUCCUCCUGUUGAACGCCUUUAUUUCUAUCAAGUCACUGACUUAGCCCCUCAAUUCUUCAACUCGUUCAUUCUCCCAGACCUCAAGCGCUCUCUGUCUCUCACUCUCCUCCAUUAUCUCCCUCUCGCUGGUAACCUUAUCUGGCCCCCAGAUGCCCCCAAGCCAUUUAUAUGGUACUCCCCAGGCGACGGGGUUUCAGUCACUGUUGGAGAGUCUGCCGCCGACUUCAACUUCCUUUCUGGCAAGGAAGUUCAUGAAGCUGCGGAGCUUCAUCCUUUGAUUCCUCAGCUGUUGACAUCUGAUGACAAAGCAGCCAUGAUCGCUAUUCAAAUAACUUUGUUUCCGAAUGAAGGAUUUUGCAUCGGAAUAACAUCUCACCAUGCCAUACUUGAUGGGAGAAGCUCAACUAUGUUCAUCAAGUCUUGGGCUUAUUUAUGCAAACAAUUAGGGGAAGAUCUAGAAGAAGAGCCUUUUUUGUCACCAGAACUGAUCCCGUCUUUUGACCGAACAGUCAUCAAAGACCCGACUGGAAUCGACAUGGUGUAUGUAAACGACUGGUUCUCUUAUACAAACACUCGAAGCUUGAAGCUUUUGCCAAACGUACUACCUAAUACCGAUAGGCUUCGAGCGACAUUCGAGUUGACCCGUGAAGAUAUUCAGAAACUAAGGAACCAGGUAUUGCUCAGAUUGAAAAAAGACAAUGAAAAGGAGGAGGAUACAGCGCCAAAACAGCUUCAUUUAUCAACUUUUGUGCUUACACUGGCAUACGCAUUCGUCUGUAUGGUUAAAGCUAGAAGAGGGGAUGAUAACAGAAGGGUUAUUUUCGGGUUCACGGCAGAUUUAAGAGCCCGUUUAGAUCCUCCAGUUCCAUUAAAUUACGUUGGCAACUGCGUCAUGUCAGAAUUUUGCUCUGCAACAGCGAAAGAUUUGGCAGAAGAAAACGGGGUUUGCUUGGUUGCAGAGAAGUUAAGCGAGAUGAUAAAAGUAGUAGAGGGGGGAGAGCUUGAGGCAACAGAAGAUAGACUUUCAAAGUUGUUGAAAUUGAUGAAAGCUGUUAUUGAAGGAGUCCAAGGCCUUGGCGUAGCCGGGUCGACGCAGUUUGAAGUUUACGGAUCGGAUUUCAGGUGGGGGAGGCCGAAGAAGGUAGAGAUUGUGUCCAUAGAUAAGAGUGGAGCCAUUGCAUUGACCAAUAGUAGAGACAAAAGCGGCGGUGUUGAGAUAGGUGUCGUUUUGAAGAAGCAAGAAAUGGAAGAUUUUGCUUCUUUAUUUGUUGAUGGGCUAAAAGAUUGAUUCCAAAUUAUAAAAACAAGUUUAAUCUUUAUUCAAACAUGGUUUAUUUGAUUUAAG